AUGAAGCCCUCCUCAGGGCCGGAGGAGGCCCGGCAGCCAACCUCAGACAUCCGCGUGUUUGCCAGCAACUGUACGCUGCACGGGCUGGGCCACGUCUUCGGCCCAGGUGGCCUGACCCUGCGCCGGGUUCUGUGGGCCACAGCUGUGCUCCUGUCACUGGCCACCUUCCUCUACCAGGUGGUUGAGAGGGUGCACUACUACAGGGAGUUCCACCACCAGACAGCCCUGGAUGAGCGCGAGAGCCACCGGCUCACCUUCCCGGCCGUCACCCUGUGUAACAUCAACCCGCUGCGGCGCUCACGCCUCACGCCCAACGACCUGCACUGGGCUGGGCCCGCGCUGCUGGGCCUCGACCCCACCGAGCACGCCGCCUUCCUGCAUGCCCUGGGCCAGCCGCCCGCGCCGCCCGGCUUCAUGCCCAGUGCCACCUUCGACAUGGCGCAACUCUAUGCCCGUGCCGGGCACUCCCUGGAUGGCAUGCUGCUAGACUGCCGCUACCGCGGCCAGCCGUGUGGGCCUGAGAACUUCACUGAGGUCUUCACCCGGAUGGGGCGGUGCUACACAUUUAACUCCGGCGCUGGCGGGGCCGAGCUGCUCACCACCACCAAGGGCGGUGCUGGCAAUGGGCUGGAGAUCAUGUUGGACGUGCAGCAGGAGGAGUAUCUGCCCGUGUGGAGGGACGUGGAGGAGACUCCGUUUGAGGUGGGGAUCCGUGUGCAGAUCCACAGCCAGGAGGAGCCGCCCCUCAUCGACCAGCUGGGCUUGGGGGCGGCCCCCGGCUACCAGACUUUUGUGUCCUGCCAGCAGCAGCAACUGAGCUUCCUGCCACCGCCCUGGGGCGACUGCAGUUCAGUAUCUCUGGACCCUGACUUUGAGCUGGAGCCUUCUGAUCCCCUGGGUGCACCCGGCCCCAGCCCCACCCCCAGCUCUCCCUAUAGCCUAGUGGGGUGUCGUCUGGUUUGCGAAACCCGCUACGUGGCUCGGAAGUGCGGCUGUCGAAUGAUACACAUGCCUGGCAGCGCGCCAGUGUGCAGUCCCCAGCAGUACAAGGACUGUGCCCACCCAGCCCUGGACGCGAUGCUGCGGAGGGACGCGUGCUCCUGCCCCAGGCCCUGCGCCGUCACGCGCUACGCCAAGGAGCUCUCCAUGGUCCGGAUCCCCAGCCGCGCCGCCGCCCGCUACCUGGCCCGGAAAUUCAACCGCAGCGAGGCCGAGAUCGCGGAGAACGUGCUGGUCCUGGAUAUCUUCUUUGAGGCCCUCAACUACGAGACAGUGGAGCAGAAGAAGGCCUAUGAAGUGUCGGAGCUGCUGGGUGACAUUGGGGGCCAGAUGGGCUUGUUCAUCGGGGCCAGCCUGCUGACCAUCCUGGAGAUCCUAGACUACCUCUGUGAGGUAUUCCGAGACAGGGUCCUGGGGUAUUUCUGGAACCGAAGGCGCUCCCAAAGGCAUUCCAGCACCAAUCUGCUUCAGGAAGGGCUGGGCAGCCAUCGAACCCAAGUUCCCCACUUCAGCCUGGGCCCCAGGCCUCCCACCCCUCCCUGUGCCGUCACCAAGACUCUCUCUGCCUCCCACCACACCUGCUACCUGGUCACGCGGCUCUAG